AUGGCUCGAGCUACCCUAAGUAAGGUGUCCUGGGAUGGCUAUGUGCUUCGUUCUGUUCAGAAUACGACCCCCACAUUUCUACCCACCUUCAUUUACGGCACAGCAUGGAAGAAAGAUCAAACUGCAGAUUUGGUCCAUCAGGCUCUCGGGGCAGGAUUCCGAGCUAUCGACACGGCAGCUCAACCUAAGCAUUAUCGGGAAGAUCUCGUGGGAGAAGGGAUCCGUCGCGCUCUCGGCCACGGGACAGUGCGUCGGGAAGAUUUAUAUAUUCAAACCAAAUUCACUUCUGUCCAAGGUCAAAAUCUUGACGAUAUGCCAUACGACCGCAAGGCUCCGGUAACUGACCAAGUUCAUGCCUCUAUCAAAUCAUCACUCUUUAAUCUCCGACCGUCUGCCACACCUGAAAGCGCAGACGACACAUACAUUGAUACCCUUGUACUUCACUCUCCUUUGCCCACCAUGGCACAGACAUUGGAAGCGUGGCAGACCUUGGAGACAUAUGUCCCCCAUCGAAUCCGCAACCUAGGGAUCUCAAACACCUCCCUCCCUAUCCUUGAAAAGCUGACUUCGGUUGCCAAAAUAAAGCCCGCUGUCGUGCAGAACCGGUUCUACGGCGCUACUCAAUAUGAGGUUCCUCUCCGGGCUUUCUGUCGCCAAGAAGGCAUCAUCUUCCAAAGUUUCUGGACCUUGACGGCGAACCCGGAACUAGUCCAGCCCGGACAUGGUGCGGUGCAUAGGUUUGCAGAAGGAGCGGGGAUAUCACCUCCUGCGGCUUUGUAUGGGCUUGUUAUGGGCUUAGGAGGGACUACUGUUUUGAACGGGACUACAAAGAGGGACCGGAUGGAGGAGGAUUUGGCUGCGCUGAAAAGAGUGGAGGAAUUCGCGAGGCAGAAUCCUGAUCAAUGGAGAGAUAUUUUAGCAGAGUUUCGGGAAGAGAUUUGCGAGGACUAG